ACGGAUGUAAGGUUGAGUGACGUCACGAGCCCAAGUGUAUUUACAGCUGGUGGAAGUGAAGGUUUGGUAUGGUUUCCAAGUGGCUCCCUCGAGGCUCUCUCCUGCUCUAGACUCACCCUUAUCAUCACCAUGACACUGCCCAUUGAAGCCAUGUAUAGUAAAAGCAGGUUCCCUAGUGGGCCCAGCCUGUUGUUCCUGCUCCUGUACACUCCCUUAGGCAUCAUAAUCUUUUUACUUCGGCUGUUCAUAUCUCUGCAGUUAUUUUUGGCAGCCUCUGUUCUUCCAUAUAAUACCAUUAUCAGAAGAAUUGUAUUGCGAGUGCUGUAUUCUGUUAUGGGUCUUGUUGUUCGAGAAGAAUCACUGGAGAAUAGAGACACUUCAUGUCGUAUCAUCACCACCAAUCAUGUCACGCCAUUUGACCAUCUAGCAGUAUCCAUUGUCCUGCCAUGUGUUACUCCUAGCGUGUAUGAUCUUCCUGGAGCUUUAUCAACGCUGUUAUGUUAUCGUGACCUUGGAGUGACACAGGGUCGAGAGGUGCUACGAGCUAGUGCUCGAAUUUUUCUUAGUGAGCGUAACAGCCCCCCUCUGCUUUUGCAUCCAGAGGGUGCAACCACAAGUGGAACUCUUGCUUUAAUGAAGUAUGGAACAUGGGCAUUUGAGUUAAAUGGGCCAGUGCUAGUUGCAGGCAUUCAUGUGUGGCGUCUUCCUCUCCUUCCCUUGGCACCUUCGGUUUUGGGUGCCUCCUGGGCGGCCGACUUGUGUUUCAUGCUCUUUUCUCCUGUUACGCUAUUUACUAUAAGAUACAUUGGAAAAAUGGAUAGGGGCGAAAAUGAAACCGUUGAAGAAUUUGCUGCUCGUGUCCAAAUUGCCACAGCAGCUGCACUCAGUGUUCAGACCUCUAAUCACACAGUAGCAGACAAGGUGGAAUAUAUGAAACGACUCGCCAGAGAGGCGGCAGCAGCAGCAAAUCCUAUGCUCAGCCCAGAAGUGCAUAGAAUGGCUCAACAGGUCCAAGAAGUACUACCACAUAUUUCCCUUGAACAAAUUAAAAGGGAUUUAGUUCACACUCAGAAUGUUGAUUUAACGAUCACAAAUUUUUUGGAGGGCAACGUACCAGAGCCAGUACCUGAACCCCGACCCAUCACUCCAAGUCGGUCUUCUCCUGGUCCAAGUGUACAGCCAAAUGAAACGGGCAGUUCGACUCCAAUUGCUAUUCAAUCUCAAAGUCCAUCUUGUGCUUCAGAUCUUUCUAAGAGCACUUCAGAGAGUGAUAGCCCUCCAGGAGCAAUGUCUAAAGCCUCAGUAACUUUGAGUACAGCAGCAAAAUCAUUUGGAAAAUGUGCAUCAGAAAGAAUGACUUCUUUUCAGAGUAGAAAAGCACAGCUGAUAGAGAAUGCUAGGAGAAAAUAUAUUGAAAAGCAUGGACUACAAAUACCGGGCUACAAUUGCUGACAAACUGUGCAAUGACUAAUUUCUUUGUUGUGUGAUGUUCAGUUUUAUCAGCUAUUAUUGUGUAUAGCUGCUCUUGAACAGGGCUUGGUUGUAAAAUAGAAUUCCUUGUUGAUAAUAAAUGCAUAACAAGAUGGAAUGUCUUUAGGAGCAGUUCACCAAUUUCAACAUUUUUGAAAGACAGACAGAGACAUGCAUUUUGAGAACAUCCUGCCCCCCCCCCCCCACCCCCCCUAGAAAAUUAAUUGUAAAAUGCUGUUCUUUGAGCUGAUAUAUGGCACAUUUGACAAUGGAAAAUUGCAAGUAAUUAAGAGUAUGAUAGGUAAUUGUGAUACAAAUUAAAAAUGUAAUGUCUUGAAUUAAUUAAAUAUAUUUAAUUUUCAUUUAAAAUAUUCAGUAGAAAUAAAAAUUUAAGGUGCAGUUUUAUGAACUUCAUUCUUUUAAAAUUUGUGGCAAAGCUGUCUUUUACAUGGCUUGAUGUCACAUUAAAGAAUCUGAUUUUUUUAGUUGUAUUUCAUGAGCAGAGCAGGUUACUUAAAACUAUGUUGCGUUAAUAUUGUGACUUUAAAAUGUCAUCCUGGAGAUAAGAAAUACAGUAGUUAACUAUGAAUGAGACAAGAUUAGUGUGAGUAAUUGCAAUGUAAAGUUAACAAAUAUACAUAAUGUCUAUAAAAGAAAAUUUAUAUAACAAAAUUUUUACCCUUUAAGACAGAAACCAAAGUUUUAAAUCAUAAGCUUUUUGAUUUUAAUUAUUUAAGAGUAGAAAAGAUAUAGAAAAGAUACCUGAUGCAACCAGUUAAAAGAAGAGACCUCAUAACAUGGAAAAAAAAUUAGAAAAGGGAUUAUGGAUAAAAGUUUGAUUAUAUAUAUUUGUCUCCAAAUAUGCAGAAACGUGUAAUUUUCUAUAAGAAAACUGUAAGCUUUGGUUUUCCAGAAUGGUAUACAGUUCAAUACUGUAGUCCAGAUUCUAAAGCUACUACUGUAUUUUAUUUUGCCAGUUAAUGGUUAAGUUUUAUUUGCAUAAAUUACCAUGUGUUAAAUCUUUGUGCCUUUGGUGAUAUUUUCAUAGUUCAAAAAUAAGAGUACAAAGUCACAUUAAUUUAUAUUCCUAAGAUUGUAUAUGAUACUGUAUUAAGUGUACAGUAUUCAUAUGGAACAUGACAAAAAUUAAAGUUCUAAAUUGUUUAAAUUAGAUUUAAAAACGCCUGGCUAAUGCACCAUUUUCACGUUUAUUUUGAUGGUUUGAAAUGAAGGGGUGAUCUAGUACUGUGUUGCAUUGCACUUUAGGGAGCGUUAUUGCAAAGUUAUUACAGCUUACCCUCUGCUUUAUGCCCCAGAGAAUAUUUAGUAUUAUCAUCUUCAGGCUUAGUAACAGUCUUGCAGUAAACUUAAGAACUUCAAACUCGUUCUGCAUUAAUAGAAAUCUUGCACAUGAUCUAUUUUCACCUUGUUACCUUGUGUAAUUAUGGUGUAUAUUGGUGAAUCCUGUAUGCAUCCUGUAGCACAGUGGUCUACAUCCUCGGCUCUCAAUUCAGUGACCCUGGGUUCACUCCGCAGGCAGGUUAGGAACGGUUAAGCAUAUUCCUUUCAUCUGAUGCCUAGCAGUUAAAUUAGAUACCCGAGAGUUUGAAAAUUGUUGUAGGUUGUAUCCUAGGGAAGGUCAGUAGUUGGCCUAGGGGGAUUUUGAUAAGGAAAGUACUGUACAAGCUUCCUCUUCCCAACAAAUGGAAAUUAAACUAACCAUAUAAACAGAGCAUGUUGAUUCUGCAAUGUUAUGUGUGAGGUCUGCUCUGAUUUGUUGAGCAUGUUCUGACAGAUGCAAUUUAGCAAUUUUUAAACAUUAAAAAGUGUUACUGGCUU